AUUGCAUUACCUUCGUGCAUAAUAGAUGGGAGAACCUUUGCAUAACGACGUCAUCUAUGUGGCGGUGAAUCAAGAUGUUCGAGAAAGUAAAUCAACUUUGUUAUGGACAUUGAAGACUUUUCCUGCGAAGAAGGUCUGCCUUCUUCAUGUUCAUAUUCCAUCCUCGUUGAACUCUUCUUCAUGUGUGCUUGAUGAAAGUGAGAUCAAUUCAAUCCAAGAGUUAAUCCUGAAAAACUCAUAUGAUAGCCUCCACAAGUACCGUGAUAUCUGCACAAACAAAGGGGUCAAAGAAGAAGAUGUGGAUAUAUCAUUGAUAUCAGGAUAUGAUGUUGGUGAAGGGAUUGUGGAACUCAUCUAUCAAAACAAUAUCAAGAAGCUCGUUAUGGGAGCAGCAGCUGAUCCUCACUAUUCCAGGGGAAUGUCUAUCACAUCUAGAAAAGCAGAAUAUGUGAGUCAACAUGCACCUCAUUGCUGUAAAAUGUGGUUCAUCUGCAAAGGAGAACUCAUCAAGACAAGAGAAGGAAGUUUCGGCCUUGGGAAUCAAUCAGAUUCACGUAAACCAAGCAGAGGAAGAGGAAGAGGAAGAGGAAGAGGAAGAGGUGGUGAUGACCAUACAGAUGAUUCAAGACGGAACGAAGAAGAUAAGCUAAAAAGCAAUGGCAGUCCCCCCAAAGAUUUUAUUUGUCCCAUUUCAAUGGAGAUAAUGAGAGAUCCUCAUGUGGCUGCUGAUGGUUUCACUUACGAGGAAAAGGAAAUAAGAACGUGGCUAAAUGGAGGGAAUGAUAAGUCGCCAAUCACAGGAGCUAGGCUCGCUCAUCGCCAUCUCACCCCUAACUACACUCUUCGUUCACUCAUCAAGGACUGGCUCCAUCUCCACCCAAAUUACAAACAUUGAUUUUCAUCUAUACUACUGGAGAUAAUUAAGAUGUCAGACUUUGUUGUGAGUUUUGGAAUUUUCUCUGUAAGAAAAGAAAAAUAUGUAUGAUAAAAAAAAAAAAACUUCAUGUUUUA